AUGGGCAAUCAGAUAUCGAAGAUGAUGGGGAAGAUCUUCGGAUCGAGGGAGAUGCGACUGCUCAUGUUGGGUCUCGACGCCGCAGGCAAGACCACAAUCCUGUACAAAUUGAAACUCAACCAGGAUGUUACUACGAUUCCUACCGUCGGAUUUAACGUCGAGACCGUCACAUACAAAAACGUCAAGUUCAACGUGUGGGAUGUCGGAGGGCAAGACAAGAUUCGGCCCCUAUGGCGACACUAUUUCUCCGGCACACAAGGGCUGAUAUUCGUGAUUGAUUCCAAUGAUCGAGCACGUAUUGAUGAAGCCCGACAGGAACUCCACCGGAUCAUCCUUGAUCGCGAGAUGAAAGAGGCACUCUUGCUGGUGUUCGCCAACAAACAAGAUAUCCCCGGCUCGAUGACGCCGACGGAGGUGACGGAGAAACUGAGAUUGACGCAAUUGAAGGACCGCACGUGGUAUGUCGUGCCUAGCUGUGCCACGACGGGUGAAGGAUUGCUAGAGGGUUUGAGCUGGCUCUCUACCAAUGUGAAGCAACAGCCACGGCCGCCGGCGGCCAAAUAA